AUGGAAGAAAAUCCGCUCGUUUUGGCCAAUUUCUACGCGCCAUGGUGUGGCUACUCCAGACAGUUGGCCCCCAAAUUCGAGGCCGCUGCCGAAGAGCUGAAAUACGACGACAUCCCUCUGGUCAAGAUCGACUGCACUUGGGAGGAAGACCUGUGCGACCAAUAUCAAAUUCGUUCAGUUCCCACCAUGAUGGUGUUCCGGGGCCCUGAGUCGUUUGAGCUGUACGAGGGCAGUCAGCAACCUGAGUCGCAUGCAACCACUGGCUGGCGCACCUCUUGA